AUGGAUCGUGCUCGUUUAGCCUUGGCAGCAACGCUGCUGCUACAGCUGACCUACCUUCAAGCUCAGGAUCCGUUCGACGUCCCAGGAACACGAGUGUCCCCUCUAGCACGAGUAUUCACUGCCGGUGACUGCGCCGACGGAACGGGCAAGUCCUCGGUCUGCUCCAGCUGUACCGCGGUGGACGUGUGCGUCGCUGGUGCAUCCAUUGGAUCGGCCACCUGUGGCACAGCCACUCCGUACUGCAACGAAGGCGAGGUAGAGGCCACCUGCUCAACAACCCCGUCGAGUGACUGCGGUGGCGCCGAGGCCGGGCAGCCUGCAGCUAUUACGUGUGCCUCGCUGGGGCUACUACCGGAUCCCGUCAACUGCCGCUACUACCACUUGUGUCUGUCGGUUGGAACGGCCGUACAAUCCGCGGUGUACGAAUGUCCUCCGGGGUAUGCGUUCAGCGUGGCCGUACUGGCGUGCCGCUCCACGCUGUACCAGUCGUGCGUGUCCGUUACCUGUAACGCUAGCAACACCUUCGUGUACUACGGAUCUUCCCAGCGGUAUUACGCGUACUGUGCAGCUGCAGCGACCACCGGAGCGGCGCCAACUCCGCACAUCUUCAAAUGUCCAAAUCGGGCCGUUUUCAACAUGAACACGCGAUCUUGUGUUUAUACCUGCUUCGGACAGGGUAAUUUUGUAAACACCAACGAUCUGAACACGUACUACCAAUGCUACCUGUCUAACGGUCGAAUGGUGUCCCAGCUGAGAAGAUGCCCAGUGGGACCAAGUGGGGCGACUACGUUCAACCAAACGUUGGGGUAUUGCACGUGAGAAAAUUUGGGAAAUUAUGUGGUUAUGCGGAUAUUUAUUGAGAUAUGUGGUAGAUUACAAAGCUAUUGAUUCGUUUGAAAGCUUUUCUGGAUAAUAAAGGAAUUAUGGUUCAAGAUAAAGGUA